CCGUGACAACCCGCAUUGUUCUCUGUCUCUCCCUAUCUCGAAACCCUUUUUCUCGUUCUAGUCUUGUAGUCAUGGCGGAAGCGGCCACCGAUGGCGGCGUGAAGAAGGCUACGCCGUCUCUUUCUGACUACAAUUUGGAUCCCAAAUUGGACGCCUGCCUAGACCUAUCAAUCCGCCGCUUCCUUUACUCCUCCCUCGCCGGUGCCUCCGCUGCUGUCCUCUUCUUCAGGAGUCGAACUACAAGGUGGGCAUCUGUUGCUUUUGGGGCUGGUGCUGGAGUUGGAUCGGCAUAUACUGAAUGCUCUUACAUUCUUGAUGGUUAUUUGCCAAAAUGGUCAUCCUAUAAGAUCAGUCAAGGAAGUUCAAAUAAAAAGCCCUCGGUCAUCACAAUGAAGCAACAUGUUUUCUUGCUGACGAGUAAAGACGAAGAUGGCCGAUGAUUAAGGAAUUUUUCGACAUAACUGUUUCUCAUGCUUUAUCAUCAUAUCUGUCGCACCUAUGCUUGACAGAUGCAAUUCCCUUCCCUUUGUAUCCGUUUGUAGUCUGUACUGUUGUAUUUUGCAGAUCAAAACUUCCUAUUGCUUUUGUGUGACAAGCUUCUUUUGAAUUAUCUAUACUUCGGAUUUGAUAUUUUACAAA